UUGAUAUCUUUGACAAGUCAUUAUAAGAUUGUUAGCUGUCAUCUUCAAGCCCAAGUUUCUAUACAUAGCAAAAUCUAGAUUCUGAAAUUAUCCAAAUCACUUUUAGUUCUCAUAACUCAAAAAUGUUAUAAAACCAAAUAGGAUAUCUUCUCAUCAUCAUCAUGAUCAAACAUUACAUUCAAAAGUAGUAUUAGAAAGAAAGAAAGAAAGAAAAAAAAAAGAAGUAAUGGGCAACAUUUUGUUCAUAAAUUCAAGAAAAUCUCAAUUAAACGAUAUGCUAAUAUUUUCUCAAGGCCUUUCAAUCCAAUACACCAUAACCUUAGAUCUUCUAACUACUCUAAUUCUAUGCCUCACAAUAGCUUUGUGCAUCGUUCUUCUCUACCAAAUCCUCUUCAGCUUUCUUUCAUGGCUUCUCGACAUGAGGCCAGACCGAUCAACAGAAGAAGACAUAAUGUACACAUCACCAGCAGACACCAAUAGCAUGCCUCAUCAUCAUCAACAUCAUCAGGCAGCGUUUUACAGAGGUUUUGUCCAGUACAAUGUCGUGCAGGUAGUUGACAUGUUGGAGAGGUUUGUUCGAGACAUUGAUGAAAGACGAGGACCAAGGUUGAGGGCGUUGAAUAAGUUGCCUCCAUUGAUAAGUUAUGGCAGGCAAUGCCAUGAAAGAAUGUGUAGUAGUAGUAGCUCCAGUACUAGAGGAGGCGAUGAUGAGUGUGUGAUCUGUUUGGAAGAUUUUGAAGAAGGCGAGUCUUGUCAAGUUUUUCCUUUUUGUAACCAUAUUUUCCAUACCAAUUGUAUCGAUCAUUGGUUGAAGAACAGGCCAACUUGUCCUAUUUGUCGCCAUUGUAUUUUAGAUGUUUGACUAAUUUGUACCAUAUAUUUGUAUGUAUAUAAUAUACACCUGUAGUUAAUUAAGGAAA